AUGGACGUGCAUCUCUUGGUGUACGACUUGUCCCGGGGCUUAGCCAGGCAAAUGUCACAAAGUAUGCUCGGAUUCCAUCUCGACGCAAUCUACCACACAUCAAUCCAACUCAACGGCCGCGAAUAUGUUUACGACGGCGGCAUCGUGGCUAUCACUCCGGGGUCGUCUCACCUGGGACAGCCCAUGGAGCGGGUCUUCCUCGGCAAGACAGAAUUGCCUAUGGUUGUGAUUGAAGAAUUCCUGGAAUCACUCAGGCCAAUAUUUACAGUUGAGGCCUACGACUUGUGGAAGCACAACUGCAACAACUUCUCGGACUCGCUUGCCCAAUUUCUGCUUGGGAAGGGCAUUCCGGAACACAUUAUUAAGAUGCCUGAUGCUGUGCUUAGUUCCCCGAUGGGGAGAAUGCUUAUGCCUCAACUGAACCAAAUGAUCAACUCCAGCAGACAGAACGGCUCAAUCCUUGGUAUCCAGAACAACCGUUCCGCCAACGACUAUAGCUCGUCACAGCAGACCACUAAACAACAGGCUAAGGUCAGACUUGUUCACAGUUCUCAAGAGCUAGACGAUGCACUCGAGGCUGCAAAUAAAUCCUGCGCUAUCGUCCUCUUCACCUCCGCAACCUGCCCGCCGUGUAGAGUAAUCUCGCCUGUGUUUGACGAACUGUCCGCAGAAGGGGGCGAUAAAGCUGCUUUCAUCAAGGUCGACGUUUCUCAGCUUACACCGCUCCCCGGGAAGAACUACCCCCGGGCAACCCCUACGUUCAUCACGUAUUUGCACGGAGAGAAGGAGAAGGAGUGGGCAGGUGCUGAUCCCGUUGCUCUUCGAGGCAAUAUCCAGCUCUUGCUGCAGACGGCCUGGCCGCGACACCCUCAUGAGUUUCUCAACCUACCAAGCUUCUCCAACUCUGAUGCGAAGCCAGUGCUGUUCUCCAAGGUACCACCGCUGGUCAAGCUGCUGGGCAAGAUGGGUUUAACGGCAAAUGAGCCAGCCGUCCAGGGGAUCAAGCUUUUUGUCGAGGCCCGAGGCACGCAGGGCGCAGCAGCCGCCAUUCUUCCAAACAUGAGCGAAGUCUCGACAUUUGUGCAAAAUUCGAUCCAAUCCCUCCCCGUCGAGGUGCUAUUCACCGUCGUCGACCUCUUCCGAUGCGGGCUCGUGGACGCCAGGUUCAGCGGAUACUUCGCCGAGGAGCGGGGGCACAAGACUGUCUUGGCUAUUCUCAAUUUUGUCAACUCUCACAGCGAGUGUCCCUACGCCUUGCGGUUAGUAACGCUGCAGAUGGCAUGCAAUUUCUUCUCGACCCCACUGUUCCCGGAAGAGAUUCUGCGCAACGAGGCCUUGCGGGCUCCGAUCAUCCAAUUGAUAUCGUCAAGUUUUCUUGACGACAGUCACAACAAUGUCCGCGUGUCUGCCUCCUCGCUUAUGUUCAACCUGGCGUUGUUCAGCAAUAAAGCAAGACGAGAGAAGUCGGCGGACGUGCUGCCAGAGGGCGAUAUGGUCGAGCUGGUUGCGUCGGUGUUGGAGGCCAUAGGACAGGAGGAGUCGUCUCCGGAGGCUCUGCAGGGAAUGCUGCUUGCAUUAGGCAACUUGCUGUACUGCACACCAGUUGAUGGUGAGGUGUCAGACCUGAUGAGGGCAAUGGAUGCAGAAGAUACGAUUUUGGGGAAGAAGAAGCAGUUCCCAAAUGAGAAGAUGAUAGCAGAAGUGGGAUUUGAACUUAUAGGAAAGGGACUUAGACGGCCUUGA